AUGACCUUUGAGGAUGUGGCUGUGGAAUUCACCCAGGAGGAGUGGACUUUGCUGGAUCAAACCCACAGAGGGCUGUGCAGAGAUGUGAUGCUGGAGAACUACAACAGUCUGACUGCAAUAGAUUGGGAGAUUUGUCUUAAUACCAAAUGGUCAGCACCUCAGCAGAAUAUUUUGCUGGGGAAAACACCCAAUGUGGUAGAAAUGGAGAGAAGCCAUACUGGAGAAUAAUUGUUUAAUUUUCACCAUUGGGAAGAAGCCUUGAGUGAACACUCCUUUAAGAUUUAUAGUACUCACAUUAGAAAGAAAAUUUAUGAGUGCAACCAGUGUGUAAAAGCAUUCAAAAAGAACUCUGCCCUUAAUCUACACAGUAAGACCGAUAAUGGAGAAAAGCCUCCUAAGUGUAAUCAGUGUGAAACAGUUUUUAGCCAAAAUCCAUAUGUGGUUCACAAGAAAACUUACACUCAAAAGAAACCCUAUAAAUGCACGGACUGUAGGAAAGGCAUGCCUUCUUCCUUACACCUUAGAGAAUGUGUAAGAAUUCAUAGUGGAGAAAGGCCACAUACCCUUAAAGAAUGUAGGAAAGCUUUUUCUCAUUCUACAAGCUUUUUUGUACAUACGCAAAUGAACAAUAGAAAAAAGCUUAAAACAUUGUAAGAAUGUGGGAAAACCUUUAUUUGACCUUGUCUUAUUCAUCAUUUAAGAACUCAUAGUGAACUGAUGCCUAUGGAAUGUAAGAAAUUUGAGAAAGCCAUUCGUUGUUCCCCAAACCUUGCUUAAAUUCUACAACUUCAUAAGAAGCAUUGUGUUUUCAAGGAGUGUAGUAAAGAGUUUACUUGUUUCCCAAAACUGAAUACUCACAUGUGAGUUCACACUGGAGAAAAACCAUAUGAGUGUAGUAAAUAACCUGAAACCUUCACCGAUUCUGCAGGUCCUAUAAAACACUAAAGAAUUCACAGUGGAGAGAAGACUUAGGAAUGUAAGGAAUGUGGAAAAGGCUUUGUUAUCCUUACUGUACAUUUAAGAACUCACACUGGCAAGAAGCCUUAUGUUUGUAAGGAAGUUCGGAAAGCCUUUAGUAACUCAUCUUGCUUUAAAAGUCACAUGCAAACUCUAAAACCCUGUAAUGGUAAGCAGUGUGGGAGAGCCUUUAUUUGAUCCUCAUUUCUUAUUCAACAUUUAGGAACUCACAGUCUAGAAAGACCUUUUGAGGGGCGCCUGGACCUUUUGAAUGUAAGGAAAUAUGGGAAAUCAUUUAGAUAUUCCUCAUACUUUAGUCAACAUAAACAUACUGGAGAGAAGCCAUGUAAAUGUAAAAAAUGUGAGAGAGCCGUCACUAUUUCAUCAGGCCUUAUAGUACAAAUGAGAACUCACACUGGUGGAUGACCUUUUGAAUGUAAGGACUGUGGGAAAGCCUUUACUCAGUCCACAUAUCUUACUCAACAUUUAAGAACUCACAGUGGAGAAAACCCAUACAUAGAUGAGGAAUGUGGGAAACCCUUUACUACGACAUGCCUUACUGAAUGCAUCAGAUAUUCGGAAUAUAACCAUGAUAAUAAUCAAGCACAUGACUUUACUAUUAAGCCACUUACUCUGCAGAUCCGAAAAAUGAACAUGAAAACCCCGGUGGCUGGCACCAGAGACCUUAUUCUGGUACGAUUUUACUAUGAUUUAAUCAUACCAGAAUACGGCUGA